AUGUCGUCAUCUGAAAAUGCUGCGUCACAUACAGUCUGUGACGCAUCACCCCCAACAUCAGAGGCUGAACCCCUGAGGAUUGUCCUGUUGGGGAGGACAGGAACAGGCAGAAGCUCCGCAGGCAACACCAUCCUGGGCAGGUCUGCCUUCUGGGUCAGCGUCUCCCCCGGCUCCGUCACCACACAGUGCACGAGACAGACUGGGACAGUAGACGGGCGCAGCGUCUCCGUGGUCGACACUCCGGGCUUCUUGCACACACGCCUGAACCCCGAGGAAGUCAUGGCAGAGGUGGGGCGGUGCGUUGUCCUAUCCUCUCCGGGACCCCACGUCUUUCUGGUGACCCUGCAGCCCGGCAGGUUCACCCAGGAGGAGAGGGACGCCUUGGAGUGGAUCAAGGCUACGUUUGGACCUGAAGCGACCAGGUUCACCAUGGUGUUGUUCACCCGGGGAGAACGGCUGCAGGGCAAACGCAUCGAGGACUUCCUGGGGGAGAGCGGCGAGCUGUCGGAGUUUGUCAGCAGCUGCCGUGGCGGGUACCACGUCUUCGCUAACAGUGGACGGGACGAGACAGCGGACAGCUCGCCACAGGUCGUGCAGCUCCUGAAGAAGAUAGACAAGACUGUGGCGGAAAAUGGAGGCGGUUGCUAUAGCAGCGAGAUGCUCAAGGAGGCCGAGCAGGCCAUCAGGGUGGCGCGAGAGAGGAUUCUGGGAGAAAGGGGACACAACCUGUCCCCACAGAAGGCGGCUAAAGACAAAGAGGAGCAGAGACCAGAGUUUGAGAGGAUGAGGAGGGAGGAAGAGGAGGCCAGGAAACGGGCGGAGAGGCUUUUCUGGUGCGAGCUGGUGACCGCGGUGGGGAAAGGCGCUGCGGAGGGGGCAGGGAUCAUGGGGAAGGACGAGGGGAAAGGGAAGGCUGUGACGAAGGUGAAGGUGAUGGAGAGGGCAGCAGCUCUAGCAGCCUCGCCGCUCUCCAUCACUUCAGCUGCAAAAGCGGUGGGAGGUGCGGUGAGGGAAGGAAGCAAGGUGUUAUAUAAACACAGAAAAACGUUGCUGAAAACACCUCACUGA